AUCCGCCCGCCCGCCCCGGCGCACGGCAGCGCGGUGAGGGGCCGGGCCGGGCCGGGUCGGGCCGCGCCGGGCGAGGCGGCGGCCGCCGGCAGGCCAUGCUGCUAAAGCUCCUGCAGCGCCAGACCUAUACCUGCCUGUCGCACAGGUAUGGGCCCUGCCUCUGCCUCGGGGGCCUCGUCCUCAUGAUCGUCUCCGCCCUGCAGUUCGGGGAGGUUGUCUUGGAAUGGAGUAGAGACCAGUAUCAUGUUAUGUUUGAUUCAUACAGAGACAACGUUGCUGGCAAAUCAUUUCAGAAUCGGCUUUGUUUACCCAUGCCGAUUGAUGUAGUAUACACCUGGGUGAAUGGCACAGAUGUUGAACUGAUCAAAGAAUUGCAACAGGUCAGAGAACAGAUGGAGGAAGAACAGAAAAUAAUGAGGGAAAUCCUCGGAAAGAAUGCAACAGAACCAACAAAGAGGAGUGAGAAGCAACUGGAGUGUUUGCUGACAUACUGCAUCAAAGUGCCAAUGCUUGUCCUGGAUCCCGCACUGCCUACCAACAUCACACUGAAAGACCUGCUGUCCAUUCAUCCUGCUUUAGAAGCUGCUAACAAUAUGUUCUUUAUAGCAAAACCAAAAAAUCCUUCUACCAAUGUGACAGUAAUUGUUUUUGAUAGCCCUAAGGAUGUGGAAGCUGCUCAUUCUGGAAUGUUAAAAGACAACAGCAAACAUAUAGUAUGGAGGGGUUACUUGACUACAGACAAAGAAGUUCCAGGUCUAGUAUUAAUGCAAGACUUGGCCUUCCUUAGUGGAUUUCCAGCUACAUUCAAAGAAACAAAUCAGCUACGAACAAAACUACCGGAGAGCCUGGCCUCUAAAGUAAAACUGUUGCAGCUCUAUUCAGAAGCCAGCGUGGCUCUCUUGCAACUGAAUAACCGUAGGAGUUUCCAAGAACUGAGCAAGCAAGCAAAGAAGAACAUGACUAUAGAUGGAAAAGAACUGAUGCUUAAUCCUGCUUAUUUACUGUGGGACCUCAGCUCUGUCAGUCAGUCUAAACAGGAUGAAGAUAUUUCUGCCAGCCGUUUUGAAGAUAAUGAAGAGCUGAGGUACUCGUUACGAUCAAUAGAGAGGCAUGCCCCAUGGGUACGACAUAUUUUCAUUGUCACUAAUGGGCAGAUUCCUUCCUGGCUUAACCUGGAUAAUCCUCGGAUAACCAUAGUGACACAUCAGGAAAUAUUUCAGAAUGUGAGUCACUUACCCACCUUCAGUUCACCAGCUAUUGAAAGUCACAUUCAUCGUAUCAGUGGCCUCUCUCAGAAGUUUAUCUAUCUCAAUGAUGAUGUUAUGUUUGGGAAGGAUGUUUGGCCUGAUGAUUUUUACAGUCACUCUAAAGGUCAAAAGGUUUACUUGACAUGGCCUGUGCCAAACUGUGCUGAGGGAUGUCCUGGUUCAUGGAUUAAAGAUGGCUACUGUGAUAAAGCUUGUAAUAACUCAGCAUGUGAUUGGGAUGGAGGUGAUUGCACUGGUAACGGUGGGAGUAGUCGUUAUGUUGCUGGUGGAGGUGCAGUUGGAGGUAUUGGGAAUGGACCACCAUGGCAAUUUGGUGCAGGAAUAAGUGGUGUUUCAUACUGUAACCAAGGCUGUGCUAAUUCCUGGCUAGCAGACAAAUUCUGUGAUCAGGCCUGCAAUGUCCUCUCUUGUGGAUUUGAUGCUGGUGACUGUGGCCAGGAUCACUUUGAAGAGAUGUACAAGGUGACACUUCAGCUUAAUCAGACCUACUAUGUUAUUCCCAAAGGUGAAUGUCUGCCCUACUUCAGCUUCAGCGAAAUAGCCAAGAAAGGAAUUGAGGGUUCAUAUAGUGAUAAUCCAAUUAUCCGACAUGCUUCAGUUGCUAACAAAUGGAAGACUAUCCACCUCAUAAUGCAUAGUGGCAUGAAUGCAACUGUGAUCUAUUUUAAUCUUACAUUUCUAAAUAAAAAUGAUGAAGAGUUUAAAAUGCAGGUAGCUGUUGAAGCUGAUACUAGAGAGGAACCAAAACUAAACACAACUUCUGUGCAAAAAUCUGACUCUGAUUUUAAACCUAUAACUUCAAUACCAGAAGUUGAAAUUAUAUUUGAGGAUAUUCCUGAAGAAAAACGUUUUCCAAGAGUCAAGAGACGACGAAAUGGCACAAAAGAGAGUCUACACAAAGAGGUGAUAAUACCAUCAGUAAAUGUGUCUCUCCUUCCUGAAGAUGUUCAGCUAGCACUGCAGAACCUGCACUUAAAACUACAAAAUGGUGAUAUCACUCAGAAAGGAUUUAACCUAUCUAAGGCUACUCUCCUGAGACCUUUCCAGUUCUUAACUACAGUAAAGAGUAUUACAGGCUUGGAAAAGAGGAGUGUGCAUAAUCGUUCAGGAGAUCAGAAGAACCAUACCAGCUGGCAGAAGCCUUUUAAAGAUGUAAACAAUGGCAAAAUAAAAACAAUAAAAGCAAAUGAAGAAGUUCCUUUGAGGCUUAAAGGAACAAAGGGGACUGUUGUGACAAUGAACACAAAUAAACCGAUUUAUAAAGCAAAGCCUAGAUCCACACUUCCCUCCCAGAGCAUGCGAAGUAAAAAUGAAACUCGAGAAAAAGUGCUGAAUGCACUAAUUUUAAGGGAAACCCAGAAAUCAAAACAUACUGGGAAUUUAGAUACUGGAGAAGACGCACAGGGAACGGAAGGAGGAAAAGGGCAUGUGCAGGGGGAUACAAAUGUAAGGGAGGGGCUAGUGGGAAGAAAAUUACAGUUUUACGCUGAAAGUUACCAAGGCUUUUUGCCAUGGGAGAAAAAGAAGUAUUUCCAGGACCUUCUUGAUGAAGAAGAGUCAUUACUCAAACAAAUGUCAUACUUUACUGAUGGUAAACAUUUUGGAAGGCAGCUGAAAGAUACAUUUGCUGAUUCCCUUCGAUAUGUAAAUAAGCUUUUAAACAGCAAAUUUGGGUUUACGUCUCGGAAAGUCCCUGCUCAUAUGCCUCACAUGAUUGACCGCACUGUUAUGCAAGAGCUACAGGAUAUGUUUCCUGAGGAGUUUGACAAGACAUCAUUUCACAAAGUGCGGCACUCGGAAGAUAUGCAGUUUGCUUUUUCUUAUUUCUACUAUCUUAUGAGUGCAGUCCAGCCACUGAACAUUUCUCAGAUCUUCGAUGAGGUUGAUACAGAUCAGUCAGGCAUUUUGUCUGACAGAGAGAUUCGCACAUUGGCCACGAGAAUCCAUGAACUGCCACUAAGUUUGCAGGAUUUGACGGGUCUAGAACAAAUGCUAAUAAAUUGCUCUAAAGCUCUUCCUGCCAACAUCACUCAGAUCCACAUCAUUCCACCAACUCAGGAAGCAUAUUAUGAUCCCAAUCUGCCUCCAGUAACAAAAAACCUAGUGACUAAUUGCAAACCUGUGACUGACAGAAUUCGUAAGGCAUACAAGGACAAAAACAAAUACAGGUUUGAAAUCAUGGGAGAAGAGGAAAUUGCCUUCAAAAUGAUUCGCACAAAUGUUUCUCAUGUAGUUGGUCAGCUGGAUGACAUACGAAAAAAUCCCAGAAAAUUUGUUUGCCUAAAUGACAAUAUUGAUCACAAUCAUAAGGAUGCACAGACAGUGAAAGCAGUGCUUAGGGAUUUUUAUGAAUCAAUGUUUCCAAUACCUUCCCAAUUUGAACUGCCAAGAGAAUAUCGGAAUCGUUUCCUUCACAUGCACGAACUCCAAGAAUGGAGGACAUAUAGAGACCAGCUCAAAUUCUGGACCCAUUGUGUUCUAGUAACACUUAUUGUAUUUACAGUCAUCUCAUUUUUUGCUGAACAGGUUGGGGCCUUAAGUAACACUUUCCGUGGUCUGAUGAAGAGGGUGUAAUUCUUGAAAGCUAAUUGCACUUAAACGAAAGAUUUUUCCAAGGAGAAGGAUCCAAAAGGAAGUUGGUCAUGAACGAAUCAAAGUGUAGAAGAGCUUUAUUUUGGAGAUCAGUCUACCUCAAGAUGUGAUAAGCAUUUAAAAUCUCUCAUAAGUGUCUUUUAUGGUUUGACAUUUAACUACAUUGAUAUGAAGAAAAAAAAUCGUGCAUCUAGAGUUGCAGUACUCUGCAGUACUCUUCAUGAUAUGUAAGCUGCUGGAGCUGUGACAAUGCAAAACAACAAAAAUAACUGCAGGAAACCUGUACAUAGGCAGUUUUUAAUAGAUCUUACUUUACAACUGUUAGUUCAUGGCCACAUUAUCCUUUUUUAUAAAAAGGGUUACCUAAAGAAAUGUAACUGCAUUUAUUGCAGUGGAUGUUGCCAACUAGAGAAUAUGUUGGAAGGCAAAGUUGUUUGGGAUCAGAUUAACAGGUCCUUGAUCUUGCAUUCCAAAACAUUUUGCAAAUUUCUGUCAUUGCUGCUUUUUUUUAGCCCUAUGGAAAAAUUGAGAAUUAUGUAACUUGUCAUUUAGAUUUAAUAUACGUUUAUUGAUGUUGACAUUCUUUAAAGCACAGUGACAAUUCAUCCCCUAUCUGUAGUACUUAAUUGAGAUCUGGAAGAAAUGUAUGCUAAUAAAAAAAAUACACAGUAACAGAACUACUAAUGGUUAUUUGAAAGAUUCUUUAUCUAUGAUGUAUUAUAUUCCAAAGAAUAUAAUGGUGUUAUUUUUUGGUUUGAUUACAAAGAGAGGGUUGUAAUCACAUGAAAAUGAUCAAGGUAUAGUAUUUUACAAGCAUUGUAAAUACAAAAGCAAAAGUGCCUCUCUCUAUGAAUGGGUAACAAAGAAUUUUAAUGUAGCAAUGUAUAGGAGCAGUGUUUCAUUUCAGAAAACAACAUUUGUACCGACAUAUGAAGCUUUGGUGUUUUUAAAUUUAACAGGGUUUGGCCUUGUAUUUUGAGACAUCAGCAUUAGUAUGGUUUUAUGUGGGAAAGGAUACUGAAUCUUUUCAGGCAGAAAUUUUUGGUGAUGUAUCUUCAGUUAAUUGUAUUAUCAGUAUUCAAAAAAGCAUUAAUUUUUGUAAUCAGAUGAUGUACAAAAUGUAUGUGCAUAUGUAUUGUAAGAUACUUGGUUUGCUUUGAAAUUAACUAAAAUGUGAUAAGUUUCAUCUGUUUCUGGUUUAAAGUACACCAAAACCCAUUUUUUAUAAAUUCUUAAUCUUCCAACAGUAAUAAUUUCAUAGUAAUUUGAAGCAUGAAUGAAUUCUCAAAGUAGAACCAAACUUUUAGGCAUUGUAAAAAUGCAAGCACUUUCGAUUAUUAAGGUUAUAUUUCAUGUUAGCAAUAUUUUUCAUGUUUCAGCAUAAUAUAUAAGUAGUUUAAAUCUACAGUACUUUGGACUAGCAGAAAAUGAGACAUUUCAAGAAAUACAAGAAAGCUUUGAUAGGUUCUUACACUUCUGUUAUUGGGUAGAUUCAAGUUUGACUAGCAUCUGUGUUGUUUUUUGUAAAUGGUAUUUGGCAUUCUAAUUAAAAUGGUUGGAAAACUUG